AUGAAGGCUGUCGUGAUAGAUCGCUUCGUGCAGAACUAUGAUGAAGUGCACGUUUCCAGUGUACCGCCGCCACGCCCCAGAGGUGACGAGAUCCUCAUCCAGGUCAAAGCCGCUGGGGUGAAUUUUGUCGAUACGCUCUACGCGCGGGGUCUUCACCAGAACAAUCAGAGGCACGUCAAGCCGCCGUUCACCCUCGGACUAGAAUUCUCCGGCCUCGUUGUCUCCUCGCCACGGUCUUGCCCUUGGAAAGCGGGGAGCCGUGUCUUUGGCGCCGCUUCAGGCUCAUACUCCGAGUAUCUUGUCGUCCCAGCCUCGCAGUCUCAUACUCUCCACCCUAUACCAGCAUCUUGGACAUUUGCCCAGGCAGCUUGCCUCGGCGCUACUAUCCCUGUAUCCUACGGUGCCCUAAGUCAACGCGGCGGACUACGAAGCGGCGAAACGGUCCUCGUCCACUCUGCUGCAGGAGGUCUAGGCCUUGCUGCUGUUCAGCUAGCUGUUGCUCUGGGAUGUCGCGUCAUUGGAACAGCAGGGUCCGAUGCCAAAUGCCGAACAGUCGAACGCUUCGGCGCAGAACGAUGCCUCAACUAUUCCACCUCGUCAAAAUGGUCCGAUGAGGUUCUCAAGUUCACAGGUGGGAAAGGUGUAGAUGUCGUAUUUGACCCUGUUGGGCUUGUCGCCGAUAGCCUGCGAUGCCUGGCACACCGAGGGCGCGUUCUAGUCGUGGGAUUUGCCGGACGGGAAGGAAAUAUGGAAGGAGUCAAGAUGAACCGCGUUCUGCUGAAACAGGCAACACUGAUUGGCUAUCGAUUCGGCGAAUCAGACCGUCGGGACCCUACAGAAACUGCCAAAAUAUGGGAGGAGCUAUGGCCGCUCGUUACAGAUGGCAAGAUCAAACCAACCGUCUACGAUCAAGACUAUCUAGGGUUAGAGAGCGUUCCCAAGGCGCUGGGCGAUAUCGCAUCGCGGAAAACAUGGGGCAAAGCCGUGAUCAAGGUAAGCGGGCAAGAAGGGGAAGAUUUCCGUCAAGCCAAAUUAUAA